UCGCGACGCGACUCGCGGGACGGAAGCCCUAGUUUUUUUCCUUGCGUUAUUCCACCCCCUUCCUUCCUACCCCGCGCCUCCGCCCCAUCCUCCACCCUGCGCCCCCGCCUCCGCCGCGCCAUGUACCCAAGCCCGUACGACGGUUCCGGCGCCGGAGGAAAGAUCCGGCGCCGCCCGCACCUCCGCGCCGCCUCCACGCCCUACGAACGGCCCCCCGCCGCCGCGGCGGCGCACCGCCUCGCGGCCGCUGCUGCAGCGGCUUCCGCAUCCUCGGAGCCCGGCGGGGAGCGCGGCGGCGGGGGCGGUGGCUGGGUGUCCCGGCUGGUGGACCCGGCCUCCCGCCUCAUCGCGGGUGGCGCCGCGCGCCUCUUCGGCUCGGUGUUCCGCAAGCGCCUCGCCCCGCCGCCGGCCCCUUCUCCGCCGCUGUCGUCGCCUCCUGGACGAAACAAUGAGCCAAAACAGGGCUUACCUGAUUCAACACAUGUUACCAGAACAUUUCAAAACUCAAUGCAGGAUUCACUUCCAAUCCCAGAGGGUGGAAUGGAGAAAGGGAAGAGCAUAGUUGACACAUCAGAUGUCAAAGCAAUGUCUGAAGUAGAGCACUUGUUAAUGCGAAAGACAUUUACUAAGGUUGAGUUUGAUCGUCUUACAGACUUAUUGCGUGCAAGAACCAUUGAGUCUGAUCCACCUAAACCAAUUGUUUCUCGUGAGGAAAAGAAUGAAGAAAGUAUCAAAGUUGAUGGAAUUAGAGGCUCAGCGUUACGUCAUAUGGACCUAGAUGAUUCUCCUGCUGUUAAAGUACAUAAUCAUGGUGCUAGUUCUCCUGCAGAACUCGCGAAACAAUAUAUGAGCUCUCGUUAUUUGAGGGAACCCCAAUCCAGUAGUCUGCGGAGCCGAUUGUUUCUUGAGAAUAAAGGUGAAGCAAGCAACACUGUCAAUGAUAGGAGGUCUGUACCACCAAUUGUUCAGACACCACUUGAACUUCGGAAUGAAAACCCUGGUCUCCCUGUAAAUGGCUAUGUGACUUCGGGAUUACGUGGGCGUUCAGCGAUAUAUAGAAUGUCUCGCUCUCCAUAUUUUAAGGGUCAGAACUAUUCCAGUGAUUUGAACACGUCUUCAUUGUCCCAACGAUCACAAAGCUUGCAUGUUGGUGGCAGGCAGGUCUUGAAACGAAGCGGGGCUGAAUUAGAGAAUGAACUUGGAUCUAUAGGCCCCAUUCGUAGAAUUCGGCAGAAAUCAAAUAUGAUGUCUUCAUUUAGAGAUUCUCGUGCAAAUCCUAAAGGAAACCUUCUUACUAGCCAUAUAAGUAGUACUGAUUUCACUGAAGACGGUGCAUCCAUUCAGUCUCCGAGCUCAAAAAAAUUAUUGGUUGGGAGUAGUCAAUCUCUGCGACCCUUAGAAUCCCAAAAGAAUGAGGGAGAUGGUAAAUCUAGUGAUAGCAUUCCACCCAUACCAGCUCAAUCAAACAAGAUGGCUGAAAAGAUAUUUGAGCAGCUUAAUAUAAUAGCUCCAUCGCCAAAACAACAACAGUCUGUUACUCUGAAUGCUAGUAACUCUAUGUCAAAGAAACCUGUUUUUCAAGAUGCUGGGUCAAGCAGUAUGUAUAACCAAUCUAGUUCCCUGAAGUUUCAAGAUUUGGAUGGUGCAAAUGGACCCCAUGAUACAAACUUGAAUGGUUCCCUGCUGAAGAAAGACAAGCUAAAUAUAAUAAAAGACGGAUCGCCAAAAGCUGCCUUUUCUGAUAGACCUGCCCUUUUGGGGAACUCGGUUUCUGCUUCUAAAUCAUGGACGCCAGCCUUUAAAAUGGCUGUGAUAGAGGACUUACCAGAGUUGGAUGAUGAUCUGGAGGUCCUUAUUCAAUCAAGUAAGAUAGAGGUUGAAACAACUGAGCAGAAAAUUGAUUCAAAUAGAAAAGAACAGAAGGUUGAACAAAAUAUAUUAGAGCAAAGGGUUGAACCGAACUUGAAGAACAUUGCUGGUUCUACGAUUAGUGAACAGCCUGUAGCAUCACUGUCUAAAACUGUCACUUCAUCUGGUGGUUUAUUUUUAUCAAAUGAUCCUGGGAAGGCAGUUCCCAAAGCUUCUGUGGACAAUAAUACCGAAUUUGCAUUCUCAAAUGGGCCUCCUGGCACCCGCCCUGCAACUGGUGUAUCAGCAAUGCCACUUGCUUCAGUUAAUAACGAUAAACAGACUGGUGCUUCAAAUUUCAUUUUCGGCAUCAAGCAGCCAAUUACGUCAGAUUUUGAAACAUCAACUGCAAAAAACAAAUCAACACUCGGGCAGAGUGUCACCAAGCCCACAACAUUAGCCAGCACUAGUUCAGAGAGAGGUGAUAAAACAGAAAAAGCAGAAGAUGUAGCCAACCCAUCUGAGAAGGUGUUGCCUUCAGCUGCAUCAACAACACUGAAUGCACCUCUCCAUUUUACAUCUGUGGCAUCUACUUCGAGCCUGAGCAAUGGCUUGUCAUACUCACCACCAAAGCUCACAACUCCUCCACCUACUGAUAAACCUGCUAUCAGCUCAGCUGUUUCCACUUCCAUAUUUGCCGUAUCCAGUAGCAGUCCAGCUAUUUCAUCGUCUCCUGCAUUUACGGGAUUUAGUUUUUCUUCCAGUGCUCCGGUUGGAUUGUCAUUGGUAACAUCAGCUAAAUCUGAUGGCACAACUGCUGAAAAUAAGGCAGCUAGCACCUUAUCAUUUGGUAUAGGGGGUACAAAAGCUGAAGUGAAAUCUGUUGCACCAGAUGCAAGCAGCAAGGCAUCAUCGGAACUUUUUAUUUCACCUGUGUCAUCAAGUAUUGCAAGCUUUUCAAGUUCCCCCGCCACAUCUACGCCUACUUUCACCGCAGUUGCACCUUCAAGUGAUGCUGCUGGAAUAUCUGUGGCUGCACCAUCUAGUACUUCCACUGCACCAGGUUUACAGUCUGCUUCAACCCCUUCAUUUACAUUUCCGAGCUCUGGAAACAACCUUUUUGGGUUCAGCUCCCCAGCCCAAUCUACUGGCCUCAGUACAUCGUCACUUGCUGGUAGUACCUCUCAACCACCAGCUGCUAGCACACUCUUUGGUAGUAAGCCGACGCAGUCAGACGGAACAAUACAACAAACAUCCCAGAGUUCAAAACCACAAUCUGGCUCACCAUUCCCGGUCAUGACUCCUGGAGUUGGAGCAUCCUCGUCUGGACCUGGGACGCUAUCUUUUGGACUUGGAGCUUCCUCAACUGGUUCAGGCACUGCAUCUUUUGGUGUCGGAGCUUCAUCUUCCGCACCUGGAACUUUAUCAACUUUUGGUGCAGCAGCUCACUCUUCUGGACCUGGAGUUUUCUCUUUUGGGGCAGGAACUUCCUCAUCAGGACCUAGCACUGCCUCUUUUGGUGCAGCAACUUCCACAUCAGGGACUGGAUUUGGCAAUUCACCAUUUGGAACUGGAGCUACUUUUGCGAAUCCAUUUAGCUCUAGUUCAAGCACUGGGUUCACAUUUUCUUCACCUAGCUCUUCUGCUGGUGCAUCAACAGCGGCCAGUACGAGUGUAUUUGCCAGCACCUCUACAGCUUCUUCAGCCUCAGCUUUUAGCAACCCUUUUGGCUCAAGUUCAUCCCCACCCAGCACAUUUACAUUUGGGCAAUCAGGUUCUUCAGGCAACACUUUUGCAUUUGGAGCGCAGCCAGCUCCAACGUUCCCAUCUCAACCAUCACUUUUCUCAUUUAGUUCAGCCAACACUAGCAUGAAUUCGUCUCCACAGCCUGCAUUUGGAAUGAUAAAUACCAACACAGCCUUCAGCAUGGCUUCCCCCGGAAAUGAUCAGAUGAACGAAGACAGCAUGGCAGAUGACACUAGUCAGGCAGCACCUGCGCCAGCGCCAGUAUUUGGUUCAUCAUUUGGACAGCAGAACAACUCAUCUGCUGCCCCGGUAUUUGGUGCUCCCGCGGUCCAGCCAGGUGGUGUUUUUCAGUUCGGGGGCCAACAAGGUUCAGCACAGCAGAACCCGUCCUUCCCAGCUGUUGGCAGUCUAGAGUUUCAGGGUGGGAACUUUUCGUUGGGCAGCGGGGGUGGUGGCGGUGACAAGUCGAACCGAAGAGUGAUCAAGGUCAAAAGGACACCAAAGAAGAGAUAAGGCUCCAGCCCCAACUCGUCUGCCGAGGCGCUGCCCACCAGGCCGCGUCCCAAGGCGCCGCCGGUGAAGCGCGUGUCCAGCGCCGGGCUGCUGGUCGGCUCGGUGCUCAAGCGCAGGACGGAGAACCUUAAGGACAAGUACAGCCUGGGGCGGCGCCUCGGGCAGGGCCAGUUCGGCACCACGUACCUGUGCGUGGAGCGGGCCACGGGCAAGGAGUUCGCGUGCAAGUCCAUCCUGAAGCGCAAGCUCGUCACCGACGACGACGUGGAGGACGUCCGCCGGGAGAUCCAGAUAAUGCACCACCUGGCGGGCCACCCCAACGUGAUCUCCAUCCGCGGCGCCUACGAGGACGCCGUCGCCGUGCACCUCGUCAUGGAGCUCUGCGGCGGCGGCGAGCUGUUCGACAGGAUCGUGCAGAAGGGCCACUACACCGAGAGGAAGGCCGCCGAGCUCGCCAGGGUCAUCGUCGGCGUCGUCGAGGCGUGCCACUCCAUGGGCGUCAUGCACCGGGACCUCAAGCCGGAGAACUUCCUCUUCGCUGACCAGAAGGAGGAGGCCGCUCUCAAGACCAUCGAUUUUGGUCUCUCCAUUUUCUUUCACCCUGGUCAAAUAUUCACCGACGUGGUGGGUAGCCCUUACUACGUGGCACCAGAGGUGCUGAAGAAGAAGUACGGUCCAGAGGCAGACGUCUGGAGCGCCGGUGUGAUCAUCUACAUCCUGCUGUCCGGAGUGCCGCCAUUCUGGGCAGAGAACGAGCAGGGCAUAUUCGAAGAGGUUUUGCACGGGAGGCUCGACUUCGAGUCGGAGCCAUGGCCCAGCGUCUCCGAAGGCGCCAAGGAUCUUGUGAGGAGAAUGCUCAUCAGGGACCCGAGGAAGAGACUGACCGCCCAUGAAGUUCUACGGCAUCCUUGGGUCCAGGUUGGUGGUUUGGCUCCUGACAAGCCGCUGGACUCGGCUGUUCUUUCUCGCAUGAAGCAGUUCUCGGCCAUGAACAAGCUGAAAAAGAUGGCUCUCAGGGUGAUCGCCGAGAACCUGUCCGAGGACGAGAUCGCGGGGCUGAAGGAGAUGUUCAAGAUGAUCGACGCGGACAACAGCGGGCAGAUCACGUUCGAGGAGCUCAAGGUGGGGCUGAAGAAGGUGGGCGCCAACCUCCAGGAGUCGGAGAUCUACGCGCUGAUGCAAGCUGCGGACGUGGACAACAACGGCACGAUCGACUACGGCGAGUUCAUCGCGGCCACGCUGCACCUGAACAAGGUGGAGCGGGAGGACCACCUGUUCGCGGCGUUCCAGUACUUCGACAAGGACGGCAGCGGAUACAUCACCGCCGACGAGCUGCAGGUGGCGUGCGAGGAGUUCGGCCUGGGCGACGUCCAGCUGGAGGACGUGAUCGGGGAGGUCGACCAGGACAACGACGGCCGCAUAGACUACAACGAGUUCGUCGCGAUGAUGCAGAAGCCGCCGGCGGGUCUGCCCAACAAGAAGGCCGGCCUGCAGAACAGCUUCAGCAUCGGGUUCAGGGAGGCACUCAGGAUGGCCUGACCCUGAACAGCUGGUUGGCUGCCUGCCUGCCUGUAGAUGACGAACGGAGUUCCGAACUGGGUGAGUUCCAGUAGAGACGGCCCGAGGCGGGCUUGAGACGUGUACAUGUGCCAUGGAGGCAGAAGUUGGACUGCUCGGUUCCAAAACGGUUUUGUUUCAUGUCGCGUGCGCAUGUGCCAGCCAUGUCU